AGGGAUUGGCAGAGAAGGGUGGAGGACACUGAAUGGAGGCCAGUGGAGGGAUUGGCAGAGAGGGGUGGAGGACACUGAGUGGAGGCCAGUGGAGGGAUUGGCAGAGAAGGGUGGAGGACACAGAAUGGAGAGGGGUGAGGACACUGAGUGGAGGCCAGUGGAGGGAUUGGCAGAGAGUGGUGGAGGACACUGAGUGGAGGCCAGUGGAGGGAUUGGCAGAGAGGGGAGGAGGACACUGAGUGGAAGGCCAGUGGAGGGAUUGGCAGAGAAGGGUGGAGGACACUGAAUGGAGGUCAGUUGAGGGAUUGGCAGAGAGGGGUGGAGGACACUGAGAGUGGAGGCCAGUGGAGGGAUUGGCAGAGAAGGGUGGAGGACACUGAAUGAGUGGAGGUCAGUGGAGGGAUUGGCAGAGAGGGGUGGAGGACACUGGAGUGGAGGCCAGUGGAGGGAUUGGCAGGAGGGGUGGAGGACACUGAGUGGAGGCCAGUGGAGGGAUUGGCAGAGAGGGGUGGAAGA